AACGCGUAGAUCCACCGUAGCAGAUUCUCUCUUCACUAUUCCCUUCCCUCCCAAACCCCUUCAAUCGGAACCCUAACCCGAACCCCCAAAAUCAAAAAUCCCCAACCAUGGUGUGCAUAAGAAAAGCAACGGUCAACGACCUCCUCGCGAUGCAAGCUUGCAAUCUCUUCUGUCUCCCGGAGAAUUACCAGAUGAAGUAUUACCUUUACCACAUCCUCUCUUGGCCGCAGCUUCUUUACGUCGCCGAAGAUUACAACGGCCGUAUCGUCGGUUACGUCCUCGCAAAGAUGGAAGAGGAAACUAAUGAGUGUCAUGGACAUAUUACCUCUCUUGCGGUUCUGAGAACUCAUCGGAAACUUGGGAUUGCUACUAAGCUUAUGACCGCCGCACAAAACGCCAUGGAACAGGUGUUUGGUGCUGAGUACGUCUCACUGCACGUCAGGAAGAGCAACCGCGCAGCUUUUAACUUGUACACGGAGACCUUAGGGUACAAGAUUCAUGAUGUGGAGGCCAAGUAUUAUGCUGAUGGGGAGGAUGCUUAUGACAUGAGGAAGCAACUCAAGGGGAAGCAGUUGCCUCAGCACCAGCAUCAGCAUCACCACCACCACCACCACCAUGGCGGUGGUUGUUGUUCCGGGGAGACCAAGGGGAAUGCAAAAGCCACCUGAUUGUGAGAGCAAUUUUCCCCCAGUUAGUUUUUUCCAGUUUCCCCUUGAAUGUCUUUGUUGUGAAAUUUGACAAUGACAAGAUGGUAAUAUGAAUAAUGCUUUGUCACUUGUUGUAAGCUUAUUUUUUGUGUUCACUAUUUUUGUCCAUUUACAAAUCCGAUUUUACUAUUUUAGUGAAUGAAUGCACUGGAUUGUGGUUCA